AUGGGAGUGAUAAAUGAGGAGAAGCAGCAGACGGAUAUAGGCUGGGUAACGAGUCUAGUAACCCGUACUCAUGCCGAAGGACUUUCAUCGAUUGAAUUCGGUGCUUUCUUGAAAAAACGCAUAAUAAUGUCCGGUUGCAAUGAACAGCAUUGCAGAGCCAUCGCUUCUAUGCUUCUUCGUUUUGCUACGGCAUCGGUAACACCUGAUCAACGAAUGCUUUCCUGUCUGGAAGCCUUGGUAAAAGCAGAGGUACUUCGAUGGGCUGUUUUCAUUGAAGUGAUCGCUGAGUUUCGGCAGUUUUCACGUGAAUAUUGUAUUGAAGCUCUGGCUACGAUUUUACGAAAUUCAGUCCCAUUGCUGAAAUGUAAUUACACAUCGGAGAAAGAAUGUUUGGAAUUAUCGGGAUCACUGAUGACUGUUUUAAAUUGGUGCUUAUUAGCUUUAGAAUAUUCCUUAAAAAAUGAAAAUAAACGAAGCACUCAAGCGCUUAUUCACUGUGCAUGUGCAUAUGCAAAUAGCAAGUUUGUUCGUGCUUUGCUGUACAUUCAUGAACACAUUGGUGCAGAAAGUGUAAAUUAUGUUGUCGAAGCUGCUGUUUCAUUUGCACAGAGUUACCCUGACUGCGGGGAGUUAAAAACGAUGAUUGAAGCUUUGCAACAGUUCGGCACUUCACCAGCAGAACGAAUCGAAGACAAUCUUGGUGGCUUAGUCAAACAGUCGCAUCCAGCAAUCCUGACGUUAGUUUCCGUUUUCGAAGGGUUCAGAAUGACAAAAAAAGUGGACCAAAUGGCGGAUUCUUUUUUUGAACUUGCUGAAAUUCUUGAAUUUCCAUUCCCAAAAAUGUUUGAGGAUAUGAUACGGGCAUCUCUGCUGAUUAUGCUUGAUGCUAAAGAAUCAUUGGGUGAAGAGCUUGUAGCAUCGCAAGCAUUUUACUAUGUGAAACUUCCACAGAUUGUCAAACACCUACUAAUCCUUGGUGCCCCACUUAACGACUUGAUUACUGCGCUUGAUACGAUUUGCGAUAACAAGACUCUUUUGAAUCAAGUAGAUAUGAAAACGAAGACAAAUACAUUUCAACACCUGUUAGAACAGAUGGCCACAGCAGGUGUCAUCGAUGAGGGUGUUAUGAAAAGUUUGCUCGAAAAAAGAUCUCAGUACUGGCCGGAGCUUUUCCAGAUGUUUGCACAAACUUCUACCACACCUGUACAUCAGCCACUUAUAUUGCGAGCAAAUUCUGCUAAAAUGGCUGUAGAUAAGAUAUUGAGACAACCUAAUAAUGCUGUAAUAAAUGUUCUCUUGAAACUUGCCAGUGGUAGCGGCGGGCUUUUCACAUUUGAUUCUGUUUGUGCCUCGUUUUGUGCUGAUGGUAAUCUGACUUAUUUCAGUUCAAAACUUGCGAUGAUAAACGGACAAAGUGAACGACCAGCAGAGGGUCUGGACAUGGAUGACGAACGUCAGCGCGCCCUUGCUUUCAAUCUUUCAUUUAUCUUACUAACCAGAAUUCGAUUCAUAUAUGAUGAUCUCCGACCGAGCGAGCUGGUAAAUGGAACAGUUCGUGGAAUGGACAAUACCCAGUCAUGCUUUUAUAAAUUUGCAUCACAGUACGGUUGGACAGCAGCUGACAGUUGCGGCUUGUCGAAUGUUUACACUAAUGAACAAAAGGCAGCAUUCGUUGAUCGUGUCAAUACGUUAAAACGUGCACAACCGUUCUGGGAUCCGAGAACGGUAAAUUAUGCUGAGUUGGUUGAUUUUGUACCGAUUAUUGGUGAGAUUCUUCUGGACGACUUUAAGAUGACAAAAUUUGAAAACUAUGAACAUCUCCAUGAAAAUGUUAAGAAUGUUCUGCACGCUUUUCGAGAUGAUGCUAAUUUUAUGAUCGUUUGCUUGGUCCAGUGGAUGUGUUCACAACCUGUAACCAGUUCACGCCAGAGUCUAGUGAAGUCUUUUAUUCGAGCUCUCGAAUAUCCACACCAACUGAAUCACACACAACAAGAACGCAUGGUGUUAACGUCAGCUACUUGUCGCCGUACAUUAGAUGAUCUUUCCAUUUGUGAUCGCUUGCGUGACCCGAGAUUUACAUGGAUCAUAAACUGUGCGAAGAGAAAACUGCCCACUGUGCCAUUUACAUUACCCGCUACGAACGCUCAGUCAUCGGAUGCAGAAAUGUUAAAACAAGCAUUUACUUACGCUCGACAGCAAGCCUGGGGAUCUCCCAAUGUUUUGCAACUCGUCGACAGAUGUAACAAGGCUGGUGUUGUUGAGAAUUGGUGCAUGGUUUGGUUAAAUGCGAUGCUAAAGUUGUCGACAAAUGACGAAAUGUUAUGUGCUAGUGAAUUGUGCCUUGCUGCUGGUAUUAUGUCACCGGUGCCCUGUAUGCUCAGUUUUGCUCGCAGCAUCACUGAGUACAUCUUUGAGCAGAACGUAGAUUUUGGUUGCGUGGAGCCAAAAGCAUUGGUGUCUGCACGAUUCCUUGUGCAUUGCUUACAACUUGCCAUGCACGCGUACUGGAGACAGCAGAAAGAACGACAAACACGAAUUGUGAGAGGAGAGUGUGUAGAAAGGAAAAGAAGUGAUGGUGAUGACGAUGGCGAAACCGAUGAGGGAAAUCCUGUGGAACGUUCUGUUUUAGUGAUUUUUGAAAAAUUUGUUCGUGAAACUAGAGCUGGACAUCUGAAGAGUACAAUCACAUUUAUAUACCAUUUUGUGGUAUCGCUUUCUACUGCACCACAGAAUGCAGCUACCCGAAGAAUAAUCGAACUUCUUCCGCAUGAUCUGAUGGUAAACUUGGCUCGUCUUGAUCCGCAGACUUUCAAUUUGGAUCUCUUUCUGCCGCUCAUAAAUUUAUGUGAUGUUGCCAGUACAAAGAGUGCGCUCCAAUUCACAUGUCUUUUAAGAAAACUUGGCGGUUUUUAA